UGUCAUAUGAUCAGCUUCCCGUUUGUUUGUGUUCAUGCAGCAAGCUAACCGCUUCCCACUAUGAAACCUCCUCAUCUGUAUCCAAACUAAACAUUUAAUCCACACUGAUCUCACCUCAAUUACUCAAACGGAUCCUACAGAGUCAACAUAGACAGAUCAAAGGGAUUUAAAUCUUAAAAAUAGAUUUAUAAUGUCGAUUGAGUACGAGGAGCAGCUAGCCGGAAGCCUGGUGGACUCUUUCCCUAAAGAUUUCGGCUACGGCGUGGAAAACAUGGACAUGAUGCAGGAGAACCUGGAAAACUCUCCCUCUGCAGACAAUAAACCCAGAAUCCUGCUGAUGGGACUGAGGCGAAGCGGGAAAUCCUCCAUCCAGAAGGUGGUGUUUCAUAAGAUGUCUCCCAAUGAGACACUCUUCCUGGAGAGCACCAACAAGAUCUACAAGGACGACAUCUCCGGCAGUUCCUUUGUCAACUUUCACAUAUGGGACUUUCCAGGGCAGGUGGACUUUUUCGACCCCACCUUCGAUUACGAAAUGAUUUUCAGGGGCACCGGCGCGUUGAUUUUUGUCAUCGAUGCUCAGGAUGACUAUGUAGAAGCAUUAGGGCGGCUACAUCUGACAGUGUCGCGGGCAUUCAGGGUGAACCCGGAGAUCAAUUUCGAGGUGUUUAUACAUAAGGUGGACGGUUUAUCAGACGAUCAUAAGAUAGAGACGCAGAGAGACAUUCAUCAGAGAGCUAAUGAUGAUCUAGCUGACGCCAGUCUGGAAAAGCUUCACCUCAGUUUCUAUCUCACCAGCAUCUAUGAUCACUCCAUAUUUGAGGCCUUCAGUAAGGUGGUCCAGAAACUCAUCCCUCAACUGCCUACGCUGGAAAACCUCCUCAACAUAUUCAUCUCUAAUUCUGGGAUUGAGAAAGCGUUCCUGUUCGACGUGGUCAGUAAGAUCUACAUCGCCACGGACAGCUCUCCGGUGGACAUGCAAUCGUACGAGCUCUGCUGUGACAUGAUCGAUGUUGUCAUUGACGUCUCUUGUAUUUACGGUCUAAAAGACGACGGCAACGGUAACGCUUAUGAUAAAGAGUCUCUGGCCAUCAUAAAGUUGAACAACACCACAGUGCUUUACCUGAAGGAAGUCACCAAGUUCCUGGCUCUGGUCUGCAUCCUGAGAGAGGAGAGCUUCGAGAGGAAAGGCUUGAUAGACUACAACUUCCACUGCUUUCGAAAGGCCAUCCACGAGGUAUUCGAGGUGAGCAGCUCCACCCAGAGGACAGGAGCGGCGGUGCAGUCCAGCCCCCCCAGCAGCAGCGGUAACGGUCUGGCCCGGCUCAAAUCAGCAGCGAUGAACGGCACACCCAGGAGCCUGGUUUAACCCAGGACACACGGACCUCUAAGAACACAGGGCCUUCACACUAGUGCGCUGAACAUGCGCUAAGGUACACGUGAGAUUACUGGAGCGUUUCUCUAGUUAUACCUGCUGUUCCAGGACCUGAGAGACACAACAGGACACUCAUAGAGAAGAGACUACAUUGCUGCUUUUUUAUGAUAUUUUGAUGUAUGUGUGUGUGAGAGAGAGAGAGCGAGAGAGAGAGAGCGAGAUUGUGUGCAAACACAGCAUCAGCUGUUGUAAUAGAGGGAAAUGGAAAACAUUAGUUUAGCCAACAGAAUGAGGCACAAUGAAAUGGUGUCAGAAUCAUGCUAAAGUGUCACACUGAGCAAAUCUAGACUCAAAACUAGAGAGCUGCCUAUCAUUUUUUAUAUCCUCAUGUGUUUAAGGUGGCUAAAAGUGCUGUCUAGGUAGUUUUGAGGAGGCACAUCCCACUUUUCAGAGGUUUCAGUGUGAAUCUCACAAAAAAAAACAUGUUCAAGUGACAUUUCACCAGAAAAUCAAAAUAAGAAAAUUGCUUAAAUAAAUUUUAGCCUGUUUUUAGGUGCAUUAAAAUGUUUACAUUGUUUUUAAGAACACAUUUUACCCAAAUUCUCAUCAUUGCUGAAAAAGGUAACUUUUUUUUGUAAUUCUCAGUUUUUCAUUACUUUAAUGCAGUAUUUUUAUUGUAAUAAAUACUGUAUUGUUUAAAUCAGUAUAAAUGUUGUACGAUAAAUAUGUAAUAUAUGAAUUCUUUAUCAUUCAAAAUAAUAUAUUUUUCACAUUUUUAAUGAGAAUACAGUUUUGUUUUUUGUUUUUUUUGUUUUGUUUUUACAGUAUUAAGAAUUUGGUUAAAAUGGUGCUUAAUUUUCAUUUUAAAAAUUGUCACAAUGUAACAACUAAAUUAGAAAUAGGCUUCAUUUUCUUUAAGCAAUAUUUUUCCUAUUUCAUGCUUUUGAUUUUGGGGUGAAAUAUGACCCGGACAUGUUAGAUUCACCCAUGAAACAGAUCUGUUAAUGCUGUUUCACUCCCUUUUGUAGCAAAAUCCCCAGACCACCCCAUCUUUAAGAUUGCAGUUGUUAAUAUUGGCCAGUUCUGUGAUUGUGUUGGCUCUCGCUGUUUUUUACUCCUGACCAACACAAAGGGAAAAGAAAGGGAGAAAAGGCUAAAGACGUUUGUGAACGUCAUUAUGUUUCUGUGAACUUACAGUAAAAUUAAUGGCAUACAGAGACGUUUUUUAAGCAUCAGCCCUGACUAACAGGAAGCGUGUUUUGCCAUUAAAUGGUUCUUGCACAGUUCUGAUAUACUGAGAUACGUCGGGAACACAGAAUAAUAAUGCUCAAGUUUGUUGAACAUGAGAUAAAGGUAUUGUGUUUUCAUAUGUGAGUCCCUGGGUCCAAAAUAACCCUUUUUCCUUUUUACAUGAUUCAUUGUUUUAGUCAUAUUCAAAAAUUCCCCUUUCUUGAAUUGAUAUAUUGUGGGCUGUGUGUCUAUGUAAUUGUGUAAGAAACUCACUGCUGAAUGUGAUUGUAGUGUGUGUGUGUGUGUGUGUGUGUGUGUGUGUGUGUGUGUGUGUGUGUGUUUCUUUUUUUUUCUAAUAAAGUGUAAAAGAAUAAGAUAUUAAUUUUGUGAUUGAAAUAUACAGAUUAUUACUUGUAAAAUAUCAAGAAAAUGAGAUUUGUUUACUUAUGGUAUAUUUUGUCUCAGAGCACGCUGAAAAUUAAAGCUAUAUUCAUUUGA